UUUGAGCGCCCCCUGGGCGCUUAUUACGUCGAAUACGGUACGUCCCUAUACUGACGCGACCAAAACAUAGCGACGACCAAACGACCCACUUUCGGGAUUGCAACAUGAUCAGAAAGAAUGAUUCAUGUAUAACUCUGUGUUGCGACAACUAUCUGUAUAUACCAAUCGAUAUAUAAAAAAGGAUGUAUACUUUCCAUUCCACGUAUCAUUAACGAUGUCGACUGCAAACAUGAACCCGAAAAUCGAAAGCCGGUCCGCCAGCGCACCUGCUGAAGAAAGCAUCGGUGGAGCAACUUCUCUCAAGGAGGCGAAACAAAAAUAUGAAUACUUCUGGAAAAUUCACUCUCCUUACAGUCAGUGGUACCCAGUAAAUUUCAAAGUCGAUGGUCAGGAAUACAACUGUGCUGAGCAGUACAUGAUGUACCAGAAAGCAGUGCUGUUUGAUGAUAAGGAAAUUGCUACGGAAGUUCUCAAGUCAGAGGAUCCAAAAGAGCAGAAGUCCCUUGGUCGGAAAGUGAAGAACUGGGAUGAUGAAAAGUGGAACAAGAACUGCCACAGAAUUGUAGAAGAGGCAAAUGAAGCCAAGUUUGGUCAGAAUGGGCACCUGAAGAAACAGCUGUUUGCUACACACCCUAAGACUCUAGUGGAGGCCAGUCCGGUGGACACUAUAUGGGGGAUAGGCUAUGCAGAGGACCACAUCAACGCCUGGGAUGAGAGGAGUUGGAGGGGGACAAACUACUUGGGGCAUGCCUUAACAAGAGUGCGGGAGAAGUUGAUGAAAAAGGAGGGACUCAUAUGAUAGCAUGUAAUGAUAUUUUUUUGGGGGGGGGGGGUUGUUGUUUAAUGCCGCACUCAGCAAUAUUCCAGCUAUAUGACGGCAGUCUGCAAAUAAUCGAGUCUGGACCAGGCAAUCCAUUGAUUGAUAUCAUGAGCAUUGAUCCACACAAUUGGGAUCGAUGACAUGUAUUAACCAAGUCAGCGAGCCUGACCACCCGAUCCCGUUUGUCGCCUUUUACGACAAGCAUAGUCGCCUGUUACGGCAAGCAUGGGUUGCUGAAGACCUAUUCUACCCCGGAAUCUUCAGGGGUCGCAUGUAAUCAUAAGUUUUGCAGUAGUACCUCUGUGGUACAUGACCUCUUGUAGCCUCACGCUGUUCCAAGUAUGAGACUGGCCUGAGACCAUGGAACUUUUGCUUUACAAGAACUUUUGCUGUAGUACUUCUGCAGAAAAUGACUUCUCUUAGCCACAUGCUUGCUGCUCAAAAUAAGAGACCAACUUGAGGUCAUAAUGACCACGGUUACAAGAGCUUUUUGAAGUGUUCUCAGGUGUCCAAACUCAUGGCUUUUACCAAUAGGUAGACUAACAUUUAGCCCCAGAAAUAAAGUUAUCUUAUUUAAAAAUAUAGAUCUUCAAAAUGAAAAAUAAAAUACAAAUGAAGUCCAGAGACUGGGACGGGUAACUCGGGUACACGGGUCGGG